UUCAAGGUCAUCCCAUUUACAGGCAGGAACAUCAAAGAUUUCCUCAGAAGUUCCGUCUCUAUAAAACUGAUCUGUGGUGUAAUGUCAAUUUCUUUCUAAAUUAGUAUCUAAACUAGUAUUACACUAUAAUUUAAAUCAGUAUAAAAUAAAAGGAAAGCGACCAUGUCGAAAGAUUGCAAUGUUUAUGUUACGUUCGAAGAUCAACAGAAAAUUAAUAAAUUUGCAAGAUUAUAUGCAAAGAUGGAAAGCUUGCAGUCACAGGUGAAAGGCAAACAGGACGAGUUAAAAAACUUGGAAGACGCAUGUGACGAAGUGUCUAAUUUAUUCCUACUAGAUGAAGAUGUCAAAAUACCUUAUUAUAUAGGAGAAGUUUUUGUCUGGGAAGAUAUGGAAAAAACACAGGGCUAUUUGGAUGAUCUUAAAGUGAAGAAGAAAACGGAAAUUUCAAAUUUGGAAAGCCAGAGUGCUGAUUUGAAGAACAUUUUGAAUGAUUUAAAAACUCAAUUAAAAGCAAAGUUUGGUAGUAGUAUAAACUUGGAUGUAUAUGAAGAUUGAUCUAGUCAAGUAUGCAUAUAACCCUUAUAAUGUGAUAUAAGCUUAUUUUUCACACAUUUAUUUAUUCAUGACUUUUCCAAUUCACAUAAUAGGAGGUGCAUUUUAUUAUUCAUCAUAAUAUGUACAGGUAAAGCGACUUCAAAUCCUACAUAUUUUACAUGUAUGGCCAUUAAAGUUUGCACAUGUUAACUGUUACCAUGUGAUAAAUUCUUAAUAAACUUAUUACACUUUUUUCACAUA